GUUAAUAAACUUUUAGCAUAACAUGCAGCAGCAGCAACAUUGAAAUGAAAAUUGAAAACAAUUAUUUUUUAAUUUUAGAAUUAUAGAAUAGGUAUAGGAUAGGUUGUAGCAAGAGUAAAAGUAACAUCAACGGUAGUGAAAAUGGAUGAGGACUUCCAAAACAAACAUGCUUUAAAGAUACAUGGACUAAAGGGUAGGGCAUUUUCUGAUAGUGAUUCUGAUGAGGGAAUGGAUACCGAAGAUUAUAAAGAAUAUGAGCCUCCUCCCAUAGAUAUAGAAAAUUGUCAUGUUUAUACUGUAACAGAAUCGAACCAGUGUGAAGAGGGAAAUGCUGUUGCUGCCAAUCCGUGGCACAAUAUACCUCAAAAAACAGCCGCUAUACAUCAAAAUGUUCCACAAAAUGAAGAAAACAUGAGUAAGGAAAUAAUUGCGGACAAAGAGGAUAGUAAGAUUAAUAAAAAGAAGAAAAAAUCUUCAGGACAGUUAGUCAAUUUGAAUCAACUUAAAGGUUGUCUGCAACUUUCAGAAAAAUCUUCUCACAUAUACGAUAUAAUUAAAGCGCAUAAUCAAUUCCCAACUGUUUCGGAAAGCAGUAAGAAAGAAAUGGAAGAACUUGAGAAGAAAUUCAAAAAUACAAAACCAUAUGUACAUACUACAGGCCCAGUUCCUGUUUCUAUUAAAGAUCUAGUGAGAGCCUUAGUAGUGGCAUUUCUUUUUAAAAUAGAUGUACAAGACUCAACCAUUGAUAUGUUUGAAAUAACAACUAAUAUAUGUGUGUUAGAAAAUAAUCUUAAACUACACUUUAGAAAUAUGAUGACACAAAUUAUGAUAACUCCUGAUAAUGUAUUGUUUUUUGAAUUUUACCAAAAAUUGGAAAGGUUAGUACUUCAAAGAUACCAAGAAGUUCAUCAAACACAUCUAAAUGGACAACUGAGUAGAACUGUUAGUCCUAUUGAUAUGUUGCAGAACCAAGUUAAAAAAGAUGAUAAUUCUAUUACUAAACAGGAUACACAUAAUCAAGUUUUAGAAUAUUCUUUUGACAAUAUUCAAGUUCUAGAUGAUGUUCUACAACUUUCAAGCGAAGCUGUUCAAAUAUAUUUUAGCAUUAAAAAACAUAGUCAAUUGUCAUCAACUGUCACUCAAAAGCGGGAUAGUCCAUUAAUUAGUGAGAAAAUCCAAAUGCAUCUUGAAAACAGUUUUCUUUUUGCAAAACCCUGUCCAGAUUGGUCAGUUUAUACGAAAAUAAAAGAGUUGGUCAGAGCCAUAACUGUAGCUUUACUUUUUGGAAUAAAUGUAAGCAAGUUAUUUAUCCAUCAUUUGAAAACGAAGAUUUUGCAAAUUGAUAUCGUACCAUGUUUACUUGAAAUCGAAGUAAGAGUAAAUUUCCGAGAGAUAAUGGUACCUUUACAGGUCCCACCUGAAGAUCCAAUAUUUUUUAAGUUAUACACAAAAUUGGAAGAUGUGAUAAUUCAAAGAAACGUUCAGUACUCUACGUUACUUCACGAUAACGUUGGGAAUACAAAAAAAAAUACAGAAGUGAGUAAACCUAUCGGCAAAAUUAGCAUAAGAAAAUCUGUACUAAAACGGCUUUCAGAUUUAAAAUGUCUUAAGGCAAAUUUAAAUUUGUCAAAAAUUGCAGCUCAAAUUUAUAUUAUUAUUCGAUCAGAAAAUCAAUUUGUGUGUCACAAAGAUAGGAUUUUUUCAGCAAUUAGUGACGAACACAGAAGACUGAUAGAAAAACAAUAUUCCCAAAGUGCAGGUAAAACAAUCUGCCAUAAAAGUGAUUUACCUUCCGAGCUUUCUGUAAAAGAUUUAGUAAGGGCAGUGAGUGUGGCAUUUCUUUUUGAAAUUGACAUAAAGACUUCAAUAAAUGAUUUGUGCAAAUUUGAAGUUAAUCCAGAUACAUUAAAGAGAGAAGUAAAGCUUCAUUUUAAACAGAUGAUGACACAUUUUACAAUUAUACCCAAUGAUCAGAUUUUUUCGGUGUUAUACAAAAAAGUAGAAAAGUUCUUAAUUCCAGAAGUAAUCGAUUUAAUUCGUGCACCUUCAUUACUUCAGCUAUAUAAUCCAUUAGAUCCGGCAAGCAAUUUUUAUAGCUGUGGAUGUGAUCAGAACAUUGAAGAUGUAUUGCCAACUCUGGAUAAUACUUAUAGCGCUGGAAAUUUAUUACCAGACUUAUGCUUGUCAAACAAUUUUAUGCUACAUUAUGCUCCUACAAAUAUACAGAACAAUUUAACCAGUUAUAAAGUUGAUUCACAGCCAAAGUCAACAGGUCCAUUCCAAAACUACGACAAAGAUUUCCCAAGUCUUUCAGAAACUUCCAGAAAGACUCACAGAACACAGAUAAUAGAUAAUACUCAAGAAACAGAAGUACCAAAUUUAAAUCUCACAAACAAUGUUGCACGCCCCGGUGAUGAUUUAAAUGUAACAAACAGAGUUGUAUUGCCAUCUACUGGAGCUAUACCUAAAGAAAAUAUACUAAAAGAGAAAAAGAAGAGAAAGAGGACUAAGAAAAAGGGUAAUCAAUCAAAUGAUUUACAACAAUUGCUCUUGGAUGCUCUUAACAAGACUAGUAAAAAAGUAGAGGUGAAAAAUACUGAGGAUACUGAAAAAAAAAUGGUUUUACCAAAUUAUUCCAAUGAAGCAGUUUCAAUUAAUCAAGAUUGUUCUACAGAAGACUCAGAACUACGUAAAAUGCUUCUCAGACCUAGAAAUAAUGGUGAGGUACAGAGUAGGUUGAACGCUCAAAAUGAAAAUAGUAAGAAAAAAUCAGUGAACAAGAAGUGUCUUGAUAAUUUGAGUUCUACUGUGAGUAAAAAUGAAAAUGAAGCAAAAAUCGACCGCUUCUUUGAAAAUGCUGCAUUUUAUAUUCCAAGCCUAGGUAGUAGAACUAAUCCAAGUAUUAUCGACAGCGAUGAGGGGGCGAGCAUUUGGUCACAAUUAUCUGAUACACCACUGGUGCUGUCAGAUAUAAAUGAAAAUGAAACAAUCAUACAACCUACUAUUAUUGAAAGUCAGAGUAUGUCUGAUACACAAAACGAAAAUAAUAUGGAAAAUGGAUAUAACAGUGAGCACCCGGAUGACUUGAGCUACAACAUGAGUCCUGACAGUGUAACUGAACAUCAUUCCACAAAUGACUCAGUUUCAAGGUUACAUAUUCAAACACCAUCUACAUAUUCUCGAGAGGAUGUACAAUUCGAUAACCAACCAGUAGAAACAAGCACAGAACUACGUAAAAUGCUUACCACACCUACAAAUAAUGGUGAGGUUGAAAUACAGAGUAAGUUAAACGCUCAAAAAGAAAAUAGAAAGAAAAAAGCAGUGAAAAAGAAGUGUCUUGAUAAUUUGAGUUCUACUGCCAGUAAAAAUAAAGUUAGACUGCGAGUAAAAAGUGUAGCAGAAAUUAACGACUCCUUACACGAUGCUGCAUUUUAUAUUCCAAGCCUAGAAAUUGGAACUUAUCCACGUGUCAUCGACAGCGAUGACGGUGCCAGCAUUUGGUCGCAAUUGUCUGAUACACCACUGGUGCUGUCAGAAAUUAAUGAAAAUGAAACAAUCAUACAACCUACUAUUAUUGAAAGUCAGAGUAUGUCUGAUACACACAUCGAAAAUAACAGGGAAAAUGGAUAUAACCGUGAGCACCCGGAUGGCUUAACCUACAGUAUGAGUUCUCACAGUGUAACUGAAGCAGAUAUUGAUAGAUAUGAACAUCAUUCUACAAAUGAAAUUCCAUCAGUCUCAGGGGUACAUAUUCAAGCACCAUCUACAUUAUCUUUAGAGGAUGUACAAUUCGAUAACCAACCAGUAGAAACCAGCACAGGUGUUAUCGACAGCGAUGACGGUAUGUCUGAUACACAAAACGAAAAUAACAUGGAAAAUGGAUAUAACCGUGAGCACUCUGAUGGCUUAACCUACAGUAUGAGUUCUCACAGUGUAACUGAAGCAAAUAUUGAUAGAUAUGAACAUCAUUCUACAAAUGAAAUUCCAUCAGUCUCAGGGGUACAUAUUCAAGCACCAUCUACAUUAUCUUCAGAGGAUGUACAAUUCGAUAACCAACUAGUAGAAACCAGCACAGAUACUACCGACAACACUAUUGAGUUGAACACCACACAUGAAGAAUACUUGCCAGGAAUAUCCCACGUGGAGGAAAAUGUUCAUGCUACAAACAAUGCUUUGGUUCCAUAUACCAAUUGCGAAUCCGUUAUGCCAGAGGAUUUGUUGUUAAGUCGUAUUAGAUAUCUGCUGAUACUUUAUUUCUCGAUUGUCUUGGGCACUUCGUUUUUAGAUUGGAUAUUGGCAAACUCCUUUUCCAUUUUAAUGGUGAUAUUGGUAGUUUUAUUUGUAAAAUAAGGUGAAAAGAACCACCUUUUAUUUGAAACUGAAAAUAUUGUGAUUUAUAAUUGUAUAUCAUUUGUUCAAGUAUUAAGUGUUACUAAAAUAUAUUGGCACAACAUACUCUAACUAGAAAAAAACAUAUGAAGGUCAACUCAAGCUGGAUCUUCUGUGUAUAAAAGCUUUAAUCAAAAUGAUUGGACAUAUUGUUUCCUUGUAUUAAUAUAUGUAAAUUGCAUUUGUAUAGCCUAAAAUGGAAAAAUUUGUUUAAGAAAACUAAUCAUUUUCGUCAAAAAUAUAGUGAAGCCUUUAGAUCACAACAAAAUUCUCCUUCUGUUGUUCGUCAUAUCACUAAACUUUCAUCAUUUCAUUUUUCAUCGUUCCUCAUUUUUUUAUUCCUUUUUUGAACUUUAUUUUGGAAUACCAUUAUAAAUUCAGUAUGUUAACAUUAUAAAGUUAUCAACUGAUAACUUCUGCAGUCAUAGAAUUAUAUCAAAAUAAAUAAGAGUAGAUGAUUAAGAUAUCUAAUACAUAUAUAUGUUUAAACCGAGAAAUAGUAUGUCCAACAUGAUGUUUUUCCUUAGAUGUGAACCAUUGUACCUGCUUAAUAUUUGACAUAUUAUUUAUUUUGUAUUUUUGAUACAUUGUGAACUUAAGACUGGCUGUGGCUGUGCCUUGGUAAAGUUCACUGACGACAAAAUAAAAUGACAUGUCCGUUUUAACUUAGAAGUUCAAGUUCUAAAAUCGUGUUUGGGUGCAAAUAUUUUGUAGUUAGAUUCAUGGAUAAAAGCUAGGCGAAGCCGUUUAUGUUAGUAAGUUGUUACAGAAUGAUUCUGUAUUUCGUUCACUGUAUUUUUAAGUAAAACUAAUCUGGUGAUCUAAUGAUUUGGUGAACUGUUACCGAAUUUCUUAGUGAUCCGGAUCUAUUGAACUAAACCAGUGCUAUGUCAAGUUUUGUACAUAUAUUGUUGAACGUGUCUUAUUUCGAUCAUAUAUUGUUUUUAUUGCUUUCAAUGUCAAUACAUCGAUCAAAAUUCCAAUUCAGUCAGGUAAUAAAGAAGUUUCCCGAAAAUCUUGAAAGUGGAAAAAACUAUGUUUUACUUUUACAAUUUUAAUGUUACAUUUUUUUUUAAUCCAAUUGAACUACUGCUCCAAAUAAAUCCUGAGAUUCCAUGAUCUAGUUGGUGGAAUCUAAUCAGGAAAGUAACUCAUUUUUCUAAAUAAAAACUAGGUGGAGGCUUAUUUUAUUUUGACGUCAGCUGACGCAACCUUUUUAAAUAUAUAUUGAUAGUAUAGAAGAUAAGAUAUAUUACAUAUAUACAAUGUUUGUGAAAAAUAUGUUAAAUUGUUAAAAAAACUGUUUGUUUAUUACUAUUUGAUAACUAUCCCAAAGAAAAUAUUUUAGGGGAAAAAUGUGAUAAAUUGGUAGUUCUUCGCUUUUGAUAGUUCCACUAAAUGUAAAUUAAUAGUUUUGAAAAAUGUAUAUUUCAGUUGGUUAAUCAUUUUGUUUUUCCAUAUUUGGUCAUAUUUGCUCGCUUCUAUUUAACAGUCUCUUUAUCGAUCUAUCCACUGUUCUAAUCAACAAAUCCUUUAAUCGAAUACAUAUCGGACUUUAUCCCAUUUUUUGUGUUUCUGUUCUAUUUCGUAAAAUUUCUUAAUUCUUUACUACUGUACAGACUCCAGUGAAGAUUACUCCCAUUGGGGUGAGACUGGAUAUAAUACAAUAGGAAGUAAAGAAAGAUGACAGAGUAAACUUGGAAAUAAAGCAACUGAAGAAAAUCCCAUUACACAUUGAAAAUAAAACACAGUCAAGUACAGAGUGAAAGAAAAAAGAGUUUAAUAUGAGGUGCGGAAAAGGGCUUAAGUCCGCUUCAGAAUGGAAUUCUUUCUAUGUACUACUAUAAGUGAAAAAAGAAAGACAUUUGGUACAGUAACCACUUGAGUUUUAAAUUUUCUAAGCAGAGAUUUAAGAACUCUUCCAAAUUAUUUCGUUAGCUUUAUCCUACUAUCUUAAACGAUAAAAGGAUUAAAGUAUAUUCUGAGUAUAUUGAAUGAGCAUCACGGGAUCGCAAGUGAUUUUGGUUCGUCUUAAUAUUUUUUUCAUAAUUGUUUACUACUGAUAAUUCACUAUUUUUAAAACAGUUUCUUUAAUUGUUCUAUAUUUUAUGUUUAUUUGAAAUACUUCCGGCCUGUUUGGGACAAAAAUCUCAUAUGAGGGUUUCUCCUUCUCUGAGAGACGAGGAAGUCGGAGCUUCCUCCGACGAGGAAUUGUCUUCUGAGAAAACUCCUCGAUUGGUCUAAUUGUGCAAGUGGAUCUUAAUAUAGUAGAAAUAUAAAUUUUUCCCGCCUUUAUUACAAUAUAUUGUAUGUGAUUAACUACUUCUAUUAUGUUAGUAAUGACUUAUACGUUUGUGAAAUAGGAUUAAGGAAUAGCACAAACUGAAACAAUUCUCGUAUUUAUGAUUAAAAUGUGCCAUGCAUUUUAUAUAAAUUUGUGACACAGAUUGGGAAAUUGUAGAAAACACAUUAACCUACGCCUGAAGCUUUCUGAUGACCUUGACGUUAAUUCGAUUUUUUACCGAUUCUUAAAAUUUUAAGCUCUCUAUCUUUAUUCUUUCCAUAUGCGCCAUUAUUCUAGUAAUCGAAUUACAGAAGCAGUGUAAACAUGACCCAUAUCUUAAAGUAUAUAAAUAUGGAAAUACAGUAUGUAUAUAAUAAAUUGACAUAUGCAAUUAUUUUAAGUUUAAUGAAGUUGAAAGUGUUUAUGUUUAAGUUUAUGUAUUUUUUAUAUUAUGAUUAAACAAUAAAGUUUUAACCU